AUGGAUGCCGUGGAUACUUCAGUCAGGUCAUUCAAUGACUGGCCAAACCAUCAGGGCUUCAAUUCUACCUAUGAAGAGAGAAUUCCGGUCGAGCUCAAGGUCACCGGUGACAUACCUGCAUGGGCUGCGGGAGUCCUAUACCGCACCGGCACAGGUCGCAGUGAAAUAGAGACGGACAAAAAAGAAACCUUUAAAAUAGCCCAUUGGUUCGAUGGGCUGUCAGUGGUUCAUAGAUUCCAAAUCCUGCCGCCAGAUGAAAUCCAUCCUUCAGUCCGUGUCUUCUAUAAUUCGAGAAGCUGCUGUGACGGAUUGAUCGAGAGGAUCAGGAAGACUGGCAAAGGCAAAGACAUGUCAUUCGGUGCUCGAUAUGAACCCUGCACGAGCUAUUUUCAGAAAGUUAUGUCGCUAUUCCGGCCUGCUCCAGCAAGGACCGGAGCAGACCAGCGAUCUAUGUCCAUCACGCUCUCGGUCAAUUUCCCUGGUCUCAGCAGCACAGCCACACAAAAGACCUCUGGACAUGCGUCUGGUAUACACACAUUAGCCAAUAAAACAGAUGCCGCGGCCUUUCAAACCCUAGACCCUGAGACUUUGGAACCCAUUGGCGUAGCCUCACAGCAAGUCCUUCACCCAGACUUGAAGGGGCCUUUAUCCGCCGCUCACGCCAAAUCUGACCCGGUCACUGGCGAUGUCUACAAUUUCAACCUCCAACUUGGCAAGUGUCCAAUCUACCACGUCUUCCACGUCUCAGCCGCAACGGGCAAAACCUCCAUCCUCGCAACCCUCACCAAUGCCCGCGCCGCAUACAUACAUUCUUUCUUCCUCACGAAACACUAUGUCGUCCUCUGUGUAUGGAACUCUUUCUACGUUGCGGGUGGCCUGGCAAUUCUUUGGCACAAGAACAUUAUCGAUGCAAUGGCCGACUAUGACCCGUCUAAGAAAACCACCUGGUAUGUCAUUGACCGCCGCCCCGCCGAUCAGGGAGGCAAGGGGCUCGUUGCUACCUACAAAAGCGACCCAUUCUUCUGCUUCCAUACGAUCAACGCGUACGAAGAACCCACACUUGAUGACAGUGGGAGCAUCGAUAUCGUCGCGGAUUUAACUGCCUACAACAAUCUUGACGUCCUCAAGCGCUUCUACCUCUCGAACAUCAUCUCCACCUCCCCUGACGCCUCCAAGUAUGCAGCAGGGACAAACGAUGCUAGCCGUGGCUUAUACAAGCGGUUCCGCCUGCCGUCACUCCCAGUCCUGUCAGCAUCCUCCUCAACGUCAACAUCGUCUUCAAGAAAAAGAACGAAGUCCCGGCGUGCCACCCUAGACUUCAAAGCCGACGCUUUGGAUACACCUGAACUCCCCACUCUAAACCCGAACUAUGUCACGCACCGCCACCGCUAUGUCUACGGCGUCACAUCCUCGGGUAAAUCGAGCUUCGUCGAUGGGCUUGUCAAGUUCGACACGGAAACCAGGCAAUCCAUACAUUGGAAUGAAUGGGGGCAGAAUGCCGGCGAGGCUAUUUUCGUGCCGAGGAGGAGAAUGCCGACUAAUGAGAGUCCAAGAGGGAGUGAAAGUGAGAGUGGGGCGGAUGGCGAUGGGGAAGCGAUUGAGGAAGUGGAAAAGGAAGGGGAGUCUGAACCGUUCGAUGAGGAUGACGGGGUGCUACUCUCCGUAGUGUUAGAUGGGUUGAAGGGGAGGUCGUAUUUGCUUGUCCUUAAUGCGAAGGAUAUGACGGAGGUUGGCAGGGCGGAGGUUGCGGGGCCCAUCGGGUUUGGGUUUCACGGGACUCAUGUUUCGGCACUGAGAGGAGGAAAGGGGUUGGAUUUCUAA